AUGGAAAGUGAGCUCGGUCUUUCCGUCGUGGGCUACCGAGCACCGACACCGCGGAACCCCUCCACUCUUUUCUCCCAUUCCAUCCUUUUCAGCUCUUGUCAGCACUGCAAUCCGCAGACCGCAAUGCGAACAAUCACUUCGCGCUCCAUACGAAUCAUCACCAACUCUCUUAUUGCAAACUUGACCCGACCGAAAAGCUCGACUUACCACCACCACCAUCCAUUUUCUGCCCUUCCCACCACCAUCCGUCUACUCCUUCAUUCUCAAAUCCGCAAGAUGGCUUCCUCGACCAAGCACCCGAUCCUCCUCAAGAAGCCAGUCAAGCUAGCUUGUAUCCAACUUGCCAGCGGUGCCGACAAGUCCGCCAACCUCUUGCAUGCCGCCGACAAGGUGCGCGAGGCCGCUGCAGGCGGCGCCAACAUUGUCGUUCUUCCCGAAUGCUUCAACUCCCCCUACGGCUGCGACUUCUUCCCCUCGUACGCCGAGCAGCUCCUCCCUUCACCUCCGACUGCCGAGCAGAGCCCGUCCUUCCACGCGCUCUCCGCGAUGGCUCGUGACAACGGCAUCUACCUGGUGGGGGGGUCGAUUCCCGAGCUCGCCAUCGAGGAGGGCACGGAGGACAAAAAGACAUACUACAACACGAGCUUGGUUUUCGGCCCCGACGGCAAACUGCUUGCAUCGCAUCGUAAAGUGCAUCUGUUCGAUAUCGAUAUUCCGGGCAAGAUCAAGUUCAAGGAGAGCGAUGUGUUGUCGCCCGGUAACAGCGUGACGCUGGUGGAUUUGCCCGACUACGGCCGCAUCGCCGUGGCCAUCUGCUAUGAUAUUCGGUUCCCGGAGCUGGCCAUGAUUGCAGCCCGGAAGGGUUGCUUUGCUCUCGUAUAUCCGGGCGCGUUCAAUACCACAACCGGUCCGCUGCAUUGGCGGCUGCAGGGACAGGCGAGGGCCAUGGACAACCAAAUCUACGUGGCCUUAUGCAGUCCGGCGAGGGAUAUGAGCGCGAGUUACCAUGCGUAUGGUCACAGCCUGAUCGUCGACCCCAUGGCCCGAGUAUUAGUAGAGGCGGAGGAGAGCGAGACAAUUGUGAGUGCUGAGCUUGACGGGACAAAGAUCGAGGAGGCGAGGUCGGGCAUUCCUCUAAGGGAUCAGCGGAGGUUUGAUAUCUAUCCUGACGUAAGCCAGGCGAAGUUGUGUAACCAUCACGUUAUCAAUUUUUCUGAUUUCCUCGCGCGCAGGGUUGUUUAA